AUGGCGUUUUGUUUAAAAGGAAUUCUGCUACUGCAUGUUCUUGUAGUAACCUUACAGCCUCUAACAGGAGGGCCAGUGAAACGAUCAUGGAGCAACCAGGCAGAUACUGUUCACAAAGCACGGGACAUCCUCGAAUCAAGUCAAGUCAACUUUUUAAAACGUCCUGAACAGACAAAAAGAAACCCUAGUUCGACUUUCAAAUUUGUGAAUCAAUCCGAGCUCGCCAAAGUGAUAGAUUAUCUGAAGAAGAAAUAUCCUGAUGUAGAUUGGUCGUUGGUGACACCUUUACCGACACAGAGUAUUUCAGGUAAGAGAGAAUUUGAAAAUAAAAACUCUCUAGAACAGACAAAAAACUCCUCGUUCACCUUUCUCAAUCAAUCUGAAAUCGCCAAAGGUUUCGAUUAUUUGAAUAAAACAUAUCCUGACGUGGAUUGGUCGUUUGUUACGCCUCUUCCUACAUUAGCAGGUAAAGGAGAAUUGGAACAUGGAAACAGAACAUUCUAUUUCGUCAAUCAAUCUGAAAUCGCCAAAGGUUUCGAUUAUUUGAAUAAAACAUAUCCUGACGUGGAUUGGUCGUUUGUUACGCCUCUUCCUACAUUAGCAGGUAAAGGAGAAUUGGAACAUGGAAACAGAACAUUCUAUUUCGUCAAUCAACCUGAAAUCGCCAAAGGUUUCGAUUAUUUGAAUAAAACAUAUCCUGACGUGGAUUGGUCGUUUGUUACGCCUCUUCCUACAUUAGCAGGUAAAGGAGAAUUGGAACAUGGAAACAGAACAUUCUAUUUCGUCAAUCAAUCUGAAAUCGCCAAAGGUUUCGAUUAUUUGAAUAAAACAUAUCCUGACGUGGAUUGGUCGUUUGUUACGCCUCUUCCUACAUUAGCAGGUAAAAAAGAAUUGGAACAUGGAAACAGAACAUUCUAUUUCGUCAAUCAAUCUGAAAUCGCCAAAGGUUUCGAUUAUUUGAAUAAAACAUAUCCUGACGUGGAUUGGUCGUUUGUUAUGCCUCUUCCUACAUUAGCAGGUAAAGGAGAAUUGGAACAUAGAAACAGAACAUUCUAUUUCGUCAAUCAAUCUGAAAUCGCCAAAGGUUUCGAUUAUUUGAAUAAAACAUAUCCUGACGUGGAUUGGUCGUUUGUUAUGCCUCUUCCUGCAUUAGCAGGUAAAGGAGAAUUGGAACAUGGAAACAGAACAUUCUAUUUCGUCAAUCAAUCUGAAAUCGCCAAAGGUUUCGAUUAUUUACAGAAAAAAUAUCCUAAUGUGAAUUGGACCUUCGUUAUGCCAGCAUCUACAUCCAGUCCAGGCAAAAGAGAAUUGGAACAUGGAAACUCUCUAAGACAGGUAAAGAGAACAUUCUAUUUCCUCAAUCAAUCUGAAAUCGCCAAAGAUUUCGAUUAUCUGAAGAAAAAAUAUCCUGAUGUGGAUUGGUCCUUCGUUAUGCCAGCAUCUACAUCCAGUCCAGGCAGAAGAGAAUUGAAAGGUCAAAUUAUGGAAUCCAAAACGAACAGCAUCACUAACAAAAGAUUACUAGAACAACAAAAGAAAAACUUCCUUGAUUCCGGCUCCAUCCAGCAAAGAAACGACAUCCCAAGAAAACACCAUAAUAGCGAAGGAAGCUCAAAACAAAAGGCAAGGGAAGAUUUCACUUCAAGUUUUGAAUUCCUUGAUCCAGAAGAGGUAAAGAAAGAAUUGGAAUAUCUGCUAGAAAAACAUCCAUAGGUCGAUUGGUCUACGCUGAUCGAUACAACACCGGAAAGAAAUAUUUAAAAGAAUAACACAUUUAAAACAGGAAAAGUAAAAUGAUGUGUACCUGCAUGAGAAAAGAUUAAAAGCACUUUUCUCAACGAAGAUCUUCUUCAGGAAGAUAUUCGUAAGGCUGCUGACUUCUUGACGAAGUCCACUUUUGAUCGAACAGUGUUUUUAAUCUUUCAUUAAGCCGGUAGUUUAGACACAAACCACGGAAGCUUAUUAAUGUAGAAUACUUGAACUGUCUUGCCGUGUAGGAAGUGCCAACAAUAACAAGCUUUCGUUGGUAGGAAUGCAACUACUUGAAAAAUAUACAUAAGGAGAAUUUCGACGUUUCGCGCUUCUUCCAGACGAUGGGCCUUCGCUCGAAACGUCGAAAUUCUCCUAGUAUUUUUCAGGUAGUUGUAUCCCUACAACGAAAACUUGUUAUUAUAGAACACUGCCUACCAUAGAACACAUCUUCUCAAUUCAAAAUCAGAUAAGCAUCGAUACAAUUUACCCAAGAGGGAGUAAUUUUUUUCAGUUGAAAUGCCUUUUGUUUCGCUUUGAGCUUAUUAAUUAAAAAUCUAUUCUUACGCUUGUAAUUCUGUCACAUAUUAUCGUGAAUUUCUUUAUUUUGUCUUUUGUUUAUUCUUGUGCUUACGCUUAUCUUACACGUGUGAACCAAAUUUAACUAAAUCAGCUGCCUAGGAGCUUUACCCUGUACAGAUACAAGGAGCACAAUCUACGGGUUUAAUGUAUUACUAUAAUAUAGUAUUUGACUUUAUUGUCUGAUAAUUUUCUUCAUGUAAAUGGGACAAAACAUUGACGAUGCCACCGAAUUUUGCAAAACAUGUAAAUCACAUUAUAAAUACUUAUUUAUUUAUAUUCGCGAAAUAUGCAUUCACAAUGAAAUAUAUGUCCAGAUGAAAG